AAAGUUACCAUUCCGUGCGCCCCAUCAACAGGUUGAGAUAUUAUUCCACUGUGCUGCUGCAACACCAUUUCGAUCGAAGCAGGAUUGUAAAGAGAAACAACCGCAGGAUGAACAUCACUGGCACCAUCAGACUGUUCUCGGUCUUCGUCGCUCUGAUGGUUUUUCUGGCUGGCGUAUCUUCGGCACCGGCAUCGUAUCCCACCGAAUACGACAACAAUCUUCGAGAGCUGUUGGAGAUGCUCAUUCAAAAGGACAAUAGCGUCGAGGACAGACUCGGCCUGCACCAAAUGGUCAGGAAAGCGAGCAGGUCGCCCCAGCUGCGUCUCAGGUUCGGCAAGAGACCGGACACAACAUUUCCUGUACCGGCAUAUCUAGCAGGACUCAACGAGGCGGAAAAUUAGGAAAAAACCACCAUCUACAACCACGAGUUCUCAUCCGAUCUAAGCUUCCUUCGUUGUCCACCGAACAAUAGAAAUGUAUUUUGUACUGUCUCUGCUACUUUAUCAAGAAACAGAAAUAAAUUGCUAUCUUAAA